AUGCGAGUGCUGGCGGAGAUGGAGCGAUCCCUGGUGGCCGGAAGGAAAAAAACAUCGGGCAACAGCAACGGCGGAGGUGGGAGACGCACGACGGCAUGUGACGCAGGCACGGCGGUGCCUGAUGGACGGAGCCGGGCCGGGAGCACGCUCGAGCUAGGCGCCUGCGCGAUCCAGCUGGGGGUUGCCGUGGAAACAUCAGAGGCCUCGAAGGACGCCAUGCUGAGCCAGCAACCAAAAGAAGACCCAGAGGACGCUGUGUCAAGCCAGCCGCCAGUACACCGAGCCGAGCCAGCAGCCGAGAAAGACCAGCGAAGAUCCCACCACCAAGGGUGCUGUUCUGCAGCUCCAUUCCUGAGGGAUCACUCUGAGGUGAAAAUGCAGGAACAAGUCCCCACAGGGGAGGCAAGAGGAAAAUCCCUUCACAUCCUCCAGGCUGGGAAUCUGGAUGAAUUCCUGGAAAGCAGACCAGGAGUUUGGAUGCAUCAGCAAGCAGGGGAGGGUUCCCUUUCUCUCACACAGUGGGAAGCCCGGUGGCAGGAGUUCCUCAGGACAUUGGAAUCCUCUCACUCUCCAUGGGGAAUGCCACGCUUACCAGAGAAGCCUUCCCCCUGGGAGGAUGCCAAGGGCUUUCUGGACUCCUUCGAGCAAGUGGCCGAAGCCUGUUGGUGGCCCAGAGACGAGUGGGUGAUCCAACUCCUGCCAGCCCUCAGUGGAGAAGCCGCCAAGGCCUUUAACAGUCUGGACGUCAGAGACAAAGAGGAUUAUGGGAAGGUGAAGGCUUCCAUCUUGCUUUGGGAUGCCCUGAGCCGGGAGAAGCAGCGUCAGCAGUUCAGGGGUUUCUGCUACGAGGAAGCCGAGAGUCCCCGGGAGGCUUACAGCCGACUGCGGGAAAUGUGCCGUGGGUGGCUGAGAGUGGAGAAUCACAGCAAGGAGCAGAUCCUGGAGCUCUUGAUCCUUGAGCAGCUGCUGAGCGUCCUGCCCCCGGAGAUCCAGAGCCGGGUGAGGGAGAGCGGCCCCGAGAGCUGCUCCCAGGCGGUGGCCCUGGCCGAGGAGCUCCUCUUGAGGCAGGAGAAGCAGGGGCCCUCGGAGGAGGUGGCUGGAAGAGUCCCUGAGGCAGGCAGGGCUCCGCCUGAGAGCCAGCAAAGGCGUCCCUCGAUGCACAUCAAAGAAGAGGAGGGCGGAGAGGCCAGCCCGCUGGCUGGAAGCAUACUGGCGAUGGCUGGGGAAUUACAGUGGUCGUCACUGGAAAAUGCAAAGGAAAAAGACUCUGAAGGCAACUGCAGGGGUCCAGAUGGAAUCAAGAAGGAGGGAGAUGACACAGAUGAGAAGAGGGAUAAGCCCAUUCCGUGCCGAGGAGGGGGCUUCCCUGAAAUCCCAGUCCAAGUAGAAAGGUCUGCCAAAAGCAGAAGGAAUGAAGGCAUCCAUUCUAACCAGAGAACCCUCUCCAGGGAAAAAGGAAAUGAGAGUCCAGCUUCUGGAAAUACCUUUAUUCAGGAAAUGAGAGUUGUUUCCCAGGAGCAAGUUCAGUCAGGAGAGAAACCAUAUAACUGCUUGGAGUGUGGAAAGAGCUUCUGUCACCAAACAACCCUUACAUUGCAUCAAAGGAUUCACUCAGUUGAUGAGGGAAAUAAGGAAGAUGAGGAACUGCAUCAGCCAUCCCCAGAUAAAGCCAAGGGUCAAGAGUUCAAAGGAAGCGGAGAUGAGAGGCAGAAAGGAAGCCACGUGGUCAAGAAGAAGGAUGAACCCUAUCCUUGCCAAGGAGGGGAUUUCGGUGAAGUAAUUCGCAUGACAAAAGAAAGCUACAAAUGCUUGGAGUGUGGAAUGGACUUCCAGUUUCAAACCCAAUAUAAUAUCCACUUGCGAAAGCAUAGUGGAAAGAACACUCCUAAACAUUUGGAGUGUGGCAAGAGCUUCAGUUGCAGAUCAGAGCUUCUUAGACAUCAAAGGAUCCACACAGCAGGCAAAGCAUUCAGCUGUGGCAAGGGCUUCUCACACAAAGGAAAUGUCACUCACCAUGAAAGAAUUCAUUCAGCAGGGAAGCCAUUUAUUUGCUCAGAGAGUGGAAAGAGUUUAUCUGAUGGGGAAAAAGGUAAUGCCCAUUUUCCAAAGCAUAAUAGAAUGAUGGCAUAUAAAUGCUUUCAGUGUGGAAAGUACUUCAGAAACAAAUCUCAGAUGCUUGUGCACCAAAGAACCCACACGGGACAGAAAGCUUUUGAAUGCUCAGAGUGUGGAAAGAAGUUCAUUGGGUGUUCCCAUCUUCAACAGCAUCUAAGAACUCACACAGGGGAGAAACCUUUUGAAUGCUUGAAUUGUGGGAAGAAAUUCAGUCAGAGUGGCAAUCUUCAGCGGCAUCUAAGUACCCACACAAGGGAGAAACCUUUUGAAUGCUCAGAGUGUGGGAAGAAAUACAGUCAGAUGGCCCAACUCCAACUGCAUCUAAGAACCCACACAGGGGAAGAACCUUUUGAAUGCUCAGAGUGUAGAAAGAUAUUCAAUAGGCGUUGCCAUCUUCAUGAGCAUCUAAGAACCCACACAGGAGAUAAACCUUUUGAAUGUUCAGAAUGUGGAAAGAAAUUCAAUAGGAGUUCUAAUCUUCAACGACAUCAAAGAACCCACACAGGGGAGAAACCUUUUGAAUGCUCUGAGUGUGGAAAGAAAUUCAAUAGGAGUUGCCAUCUUCAACAGCAUCAAAGAUCCCACACAGGUGAGAAACCUUUUGAAUGCUCAGAGUGUGGAAAGAGCUUCAACUGGAGUGGUGAACUUCAGCGGCAUCAAAGAACCCACACAGGGGAGAAACCUUUUGAAUGCUCUGAGUGUGGAAAGAAAUUCAGUCAGAGUGUCCAUCUUCAGCAGCACCUAAGAACCCACGCAGGGGAUAAACCGUUUGAAUGCUCAGAGUGUGGAAAGAAAUUCAGUAGGAGUGGCAAUCUUCAAGACCACCUAAGAAACCACACAGGUGAUAAACCUUUUGAAUGUUCACAGUGUGGAAAGAAAUUCAAUAGGCGUUACCAUCUUCGACAGCAUCAAAGAACCCACACAUAA